AUGUCUUACAAUAAGCGCACAACUGCAAUUUUCCCCUCUUCCGUCACGGGCUCACUAUCAUCCCGCCCUGGAAACCAGUCCUCAAGUUUAGCAGCUCUUGUGGCUGCAAAACGAGCAGAACUUGAGGAUAUCCGACAGUUGCGUGAUGCCAGCAACACAUUAACAACGCAAUUGGAGGCGUUGGAAGCAAAGCUUGCGACACUACAGGACGGAGCUGAAGGCGGCCUCCCUCAAGCCAAGAAUCAGGAGACUUCGUCUACUGUGAAUUCACAAGAGAGUGCCAAGGAGAAUGAGAUCGUCAAGGACUCCCUUCCUGUUCCCCUAGUGCGAAUACUAUUAGAACAGCCUGCUUCAGGGAUUAAGCGGUAG